AUGGCCACGUUGAAGACCAUGUCUGCAAAAGUCAAAAAGCUUUCAAAAGGUCAACGUGGGCAGCAACAUGGCCAUGUUCGAGACCACAUCAACAUCAAUACACCCUGCAAGAUGGCCACAUUCAAGACCACGUCAACAAAAUUCAAGGAGCUUUCAAAAGGUCAACGUGGGCAAGAACAUGGCCAUGUCCGAGACCAAGUCAACAUCAACAUACCCUACAACAAGUUCAUGUUGAAGACCACGUCAACAAAAUUCGAGGAGAUUUCAAAGGUUCAACGUGGGCAGCAACAUGGCCAUGUCCUAGACCAUGUCCACAUGAAAACACCCUUCAACCCAGCCAUGUUGAAGACCACGUCAAGAGAAGUCAAGAAGCUAUCAAAAGGUCAACGUGGGCAUCAACAUGACCGCGUUCCAGGUCGUGUUAACUGUCAAAAUUACGUUUGA